CUGGGCUGCAGGUCGCGCUGUUCGCUUGCUCGCUGGCCCGUCUGGUGGAACUGCUUUUGUUUACAUCGGCGCUCUCACGGGGGCUUGAUUCCAAUGCACUGAAUAUUCAGCGUGAAGUAAUCUGAAAAGAGACGUGGAAGUUGAACUCUGACAUAAAGCCGCCAGACCCGAAAUGCGUGGCGCGAUAGUGAGUGACGUGAGUGACAAGUGACUGUCGGAGCCGCGUGCGAGGCGACCGCCGAGUGUGCAGCGCGGGCGGGCGGGCGUGCAGUGUCCCUGCGGGCGGGGUGAGAGGAGCCUCCCAGAUGAAUGGUGAAGAUACGGAGCGUCGACGGGCCGAGGGGGUCCCCGCCGCCACUGGGACCCCGCGGCGGCCCCCCAGAUAGGGCCGCCCGGGGCCGCAGCGCGCCGGGGGAGCACAAGGACCGUGCUGCGACACCGCGCAGGAAGUGCCAGCUGGUGAGCGUGAAGGAAGAGGAGGAGGAGGAGGAUGGGGAGAUCCUGCUCAGGAAGGACGGGGAUCCCGACGAGCGGUGCGACCCCAAGAAGAUCGAGGGAUGCGAGGCCGUCCACAAGGCAGGCGUGAGGGGCGAGGGGAAGGUCUCCGAGGAGGGCGAAGGCAAACUCGAGGGCGCGGAGGUCGUCGGACCCUCGUCGACGUCAUGGCUGUCGUCCGACACGCUGUGCCUGCUGUUCUGCUGCAAGCGGGAGCCCCAGGAGGAGAGGCAGGAGGAGCAGGAGGGCACGGAGAUGGCCGUGUACCGGGUGGCCUGCGGGAUCCACCGGGGCCGACACCUGGUGCAGGCGCUCCUCAUCCAGGCCGUUGCAAAUGCAGAUAACUUAUUCCUCCUCUGUUGCCGCUGUAGUAAAUUGUUACCGACGUUGUUCUAUUAA